CAUUUGCACGGGGCAUUAACCCCCUUCUAUCCCUCCCAGAAAUUCGGCGCUGGGUCGUGGCGCUACGUGGAGACGCGGGAGGUGGCGCUGGGCCCCGAGCCGCAGUGGUUGGCCUUCGACGUCACCGACGCGCUGCGCUUCUGGCUCGCGGGCCACGAGCCUUGGGGUUUCUUCAAGCUGAGCCCCCACUGCUCCUGCGAGGACGACCACAGCGCCGCCGAGAUCCUCUUCCAGAUCGACGGGUUCGAGACCUUCCGGGGCGACAUGGGCAAGGUGAAGAUGCAGGGGCAGCGUCUGCCCUUCCUGCUAGCCACCGCCACCCCCCCGGAGCGCGCGGCCCAGCUGCAGAGCCCACGGCACCGCCGUGCCGCCGCCGACACUGCCUACUGCUUCGGGACGGAAGAGAAGAACUGUUGUGUGCGGAAGCUCUACAUCGACUUCCGCCAGGACCUGAAGUGGAAGUGGAUCCACGAGCCGCGUGGCUACUGGGCCCACCUGUGCACCGGCGCCUGGCCCUACAUCUGGAGCGCCGACACGCAGUAUAGCAAGGUGCUGGCACUGUACAACCAGCACAACCCCGGUGCCUCGGCCGCGCCAUGCUGUGCCCCCGAGACCCUCGACCCGCUGACCAUCGUGUACUAUGUGGGCCGCAAAGCCAAGGUGGAGCAGUUGUCCAACAUGAUCGUCCGCUCCUGCAAGUGCAGCUGAUCAGCUGGUGGGCCCCAGAGCUCCACCCCUGCCCG